AAUACAUUAUUAAAUCACGCCCAAUAUUAACUUACGUUCUUUCAAUUUUCUUAACACGUCACUUUAGAUCGUCGAGCUUUUGAGCAAUACUCAACAUGAACAGUACAGAUGUUAUACUUAGCUUGAGAAAAAAAUGUUUUAAUACACACCAGAAAAAUUUGACGAAGGAUGGCAUGUGCCGAAGAGUCUUUGAUGGGUUUCUAUGCUGGCCUCCUACAAAUGCCGGAGAAUUGGCGGUACAGAACUGCUCUUGGGAUAUCUUAGAGUCCACUGAACAGGGAUUAGCAACACGUCAAUGUUUAAAAAAUGGUACCUGGUUUGUACCACCUGGACACAGAUUUCCAUUUUCGAAUAUUUCUCAAUGUGGAAUGUUUUUUAUAACUACAAAUAAAACAACAUUAUCUCCACCAAUUAGUGAUUUGGAUAUAUUUUACUCAGAAUGGAUACCGCGAAUCAAAGGAAUAUCAUAUUGCGGCUACACGUUAUCUAUAAUAUCGUUGAUAUUGUCUAUAUGUAUCUUUAUUAGUAUCAAGCGUCUGAGGUGUUCAAGGAAUACAUUACAUAUUAAUUUAUUUAUUUCAUUUAUAUUAAGAUCGUUUAUGUCGAUCUUGAAAGACGCUAUACUUGUAAGAGGAACUGCACUAUCUGUCGAUGUUCAGUAUGACAGUGAAGGUUUGCCAGUCUUUUCAGCAAGUCAUAGCUAUUCAUGGACCUGCAAAGCAUUGAAUGGUAUACGAUAUUAUUUUAUUAUAUCGAAUUUUAUGUUUAUGUUAAUGGAAGGACUGUAUCUUCACAAUUUAAUGUUUUUGAAACUUUUUUCUGACCACCAUAGUGUGGGUAUUUACUGUGUUUUGGGAUGGGGGCUACCCCUUGUCUUUGUAAUUCCGUGGAUAACCUUAAGAGUAUUAUAUGAGGAUCUCAUGUGUUGGACAACGAAAGAUAAUAUUUAUAUUUCAUUAUUUAUAGAUUUACCGAUAUAUAGUACAGUUGUGAUAAAUUUUAUUUUGUUUCUUAUAAUCGUAAGGGUUCUUACCGCUAAAUUAAAUAACAUUUGUUUAGAACAAAGAAAAUUUAAAUACAGAAAAUUGUUAAAAGCAACAAUGAUUUUAAUACCACUGUUUGGAGUUCCGUAUGUAUUUUCAGCACUGAUGUCACUUUUUAUUGUAAAUAAUCCUGCCUUGGACAUCGUGUAUUUAUUUUUUGAUCAAUCAUUCGCCGCUUUCCAGGGACUCUUCGCUGCUCUUGUUUAUUGCGUACUGAACAGUGAAGUUCAGAUCGAAAUUAAAAGAAAGUAUAGUUUGAUAAAGGACAAAAACGACAAGGAAUUUAGACGAAGCAGAACUAUCUCAAACACCCAACAGGUUUCUCUAAAUGUACUCGAUGACAGUCCAGAAGACGAGAAUGGUGAAUUAUGCAAUGAUAAAGAAAUCAAGAAAAUUACGUCAGUUCAAACAGAUCAACAGUGUUAUUUUUGACGAAGG